AUGAAGUCGAAUUGGGCAGAAAGAAUAAAUAAUGCAGUUGCCAGGUCAAGGAUUGGCAAACACUUUCAAUUAGAAGGAUCCGGGCAUAGAAGAGAAAGAAAAGGCACUCGAUUUCUUACUGAAAUACGUGCCGGUCUCACUGUCUUUUUUGCUAUGGCUUACAUUAUUUCUGUGAAUGCCUCCAUCAUUUCUGAAAGUGGUGGUCCUUGUGUUUGCACGCCUACACCCGAGGAUCCUACCUGCGAUAAUAAUCAAGAAUAUAUGUCUUGUUUAUAUGAAGUCAAAUUGGAUCUGAUUAUGGCUACAUCCAUCGUGGCUAUGAUUUCAAGUGUUCUUAUUGGUGUUUUUGCAAAUUUGCCAUUGGGUAUGGCACCUGGUAUGGGUUUGAAUGCUUAUUUCACAUAUACGAUUGUCGGUUAUCACGGUUCCGGUAAUGUUUCUUACCAAACCGCUUUGGCUGCUGUGUUCAUCGAAGGCAUCAUUUUCUUUAUUUUGUCUCUCUUUGGUGUGCGUCAAUGGUUUGCACGUUUGAUCCCAAUGAGUAUCAAAGUGGCCAUGGGGUGUGGUAUCGGUCUCUACCUUUGCUUCAUUGGUUUACAGUCCUCGGCCGGUAUCGGUCUUGUCACUUUGAAUUUAUCUACUUUGGUUGAAUUAGGUGGCUGUCCUAAAGCAGCGCUGGAUGCCAACGGUGUCUGUCAAUGGGGCCAUAUGGAAUCAGGCACCAUGUAUAUGGGUAUUCUUGGUCUAUUGUUGAUGGCAUUGUUGUUGAUGUAUCGUGUGCGUGGUGCCAUCUUGAUCGGCAUCGUGGUCAUUGCCAUUACAGCCUGGCCUCGAAACAGCCCCAUCACUUAUUUCCCUUACACACCGUCUGGCAACGAAAUGUUUGAUUUUUUCAAAAAGGUCGUUACCGUCAACAAGCUCAAGCAUGUCCUAGGAAACUUUGAUUUCAACCUCAGCUCAAAAGAUAUCUGGAUUGCUUUGAUUACUUUCCUUUAUGUCGAUAUUUUGGACACCACAGGUACCAUGUACUCAAUGGCCCGUUAUGGUGGUUUUACCGACAAGUCGGGCGAUUUCGAGCAUUCCACGCGUGCGUUCUUGACCGAUGCCUGCUGUGUUACUAUUGGCUCCUGCUUCGGUACCUCCUCUUGCACCACUUUUGUGGAAUCCGGUGCAGGUAUUGCUGAAGGUGGACGUACAGGCCUUACCGCCAUUUCGGUUGCAUUUGGCUUUUUUGUGUCCAUUUUCUUUUCACCUAUCUUUGCCAGUUUCCCUCCUUGGUCGACCGGGCCCGCCUUGGUUCUGGUAGGCUCAAUGAUGACUUCAAGUGCACGUAAUAUCAACUGGGAUUAUCCUGGGGAUGCUAUUCCUUCGUUUAUCACGAUGGCGGUGAUGCCUUUUACUUAUUCCAUCGCUUACGGUGUCAUUGGCGGUAUUAUUGCUUACAUUAUCAUCAAUGGUUUUGUCUUAAUUGUGGAUAAGGUGUCGGGUGGACGUAUUCAUCCUGACUAUUCUCAACGUGAAGACUGGUGGACGGCUGUGCUCGGUCGUUCCUUUGUUCCUUUGUGGAUCCGCUACCUGAUAGCAAGAGCUCGUGGUGAAAAAGACUUUGACUGGCAUCAAGAUGAAAUGGAUUUAGAUGAGCCGCAACCCUUCCUUUCCCUUUUUCAAACUCUGUAAAUUAUUAUAUUAUCUUGACUUUUAUAGAAUUGUAUAUCUCCCUGCUUCCUUGUAUCAAUAAUAUUUAAACAAAUAAACACAUUUAAAUGGUGGUUUUUUUUUUCUGUCUAUGUCGAUGGUUUUUUUCAUACAAGUGUUCAAUGAAAAAAUGUGGGGUGGGGAUGGGCAGGCGUGCGAGAAGCCUUCUUUUUCAGUGAGACAGCGGAGUUUUACCAACCUUUCUU